AAAGAUUUUGUAAUAAAUGCAAUUUCCUCCACGUUUGCAGGAGCUUCAGGGGCUACUUUUAAUGUCGUCAAUGAUUGUGGCUUCACUGUUUGGCCUCGAAUCUUGAGCAGAACUAAUGCUUCCAUUAUCACCGGAUUCGAGCUCACAAACGGUACAUCGCGCUCCUUUCAAGCUCCGGCUAACUGGAGGGGGACCAUCUGGGGUCGAACCGGUUGCACCUUUGAUGGGUCAGGUCGUGUGUCAUGCGCCACCGGUGACUGCGAUGAAAUGGACUGCAAUCGAAAAACCACAACCUCACCGGCCACGCUUGCGGAGUUCAACAUCAGUCAAAACCAGGGUCUGGACUCUUAUGAUGUCACCAUUGGCAACGGCUACAACUUACAGAUGGUUGUGGAACCGACGGGUGGGUCAGGUAGUUGUGCGAAGACGGGUUGUGUUGAUGACUUGACCCGUAGGUGCCCCGCGGAACUGACGGUGGAGGGCGGUGGAGGGUGUAAGAGUGCUUGUCAGGCCUUCGGCUCUCCCGAGGAUUGUUGUGCCAGCUCGUUGACUUGCAAGCCGACUGCAUACGCUCAGUUGUUCAAAUCAGCAUGCCCAAGGUCCUACGCCACUGCGUUCGAUGAUCGUAGUAGUAUAUUUACGUGUAAAGAUGCCAAUUACACCGUUAGAUUUUGUCCCCGUGCCGAUGCAUUUUCAACCAUCAAACUCGGCGGCCAACUCCGAUCCACCGAUCAACUUGUUUCCGUGCGUGGAAAUUUCACGUUGGGUUUCUUUGAUGCAGACUACAGGUACUUGGGAAUUUGGUACACCAACGAUGCUCGAACCAGAAAAAUAUGGGUAGCCAACCGUAACGCGCCCAUCAUGUCCACCUUUGGCACUCAUGCCCUCUCCAUCGACCGAAACACCGGGAACAUGGUUGUAACCGAUGAAUCAGGGACUACUCUGAUGAGUAUUACUGAUGUUCAUGCAGGUCCAAACCCGAACCUGACCGCGACCCUCGAUGAUGACGGUAACUUGUUGCUGGUUAACGAAAUCUAUAAGAGGGUUUUGUGGCAGAGUUCUAGUUUAGAUAAUUCGAUUCAUCAAAAGAAAGGAAAUAGAAAAAAAGAAAUCUUUAACUGGAUUUGGAAAGUCAUUGCUGUCGUCAUUCCUCUGGUGUUGUUCUGUUUGUGGAUCAGAUGUAACUUGAAGAAUAAAAAGCUUAGGCAAGAAGAAGAAACGAGACGAAAGAGAGAUGAAUGUUUCCUUGAGCUGACCGCUUCUAAGAGUUUCAAGGAUAUUUAUCAGCUCGAAAGCAAUGAUGGGAAAGGAAGUGAUUUGUUAUUGUUUAGCCUUGCCUCGAUCAUGGCCGCCACGAGUGAUUUUUCAACUGAAUAUAAGCUCGGAGAAGGUGGUUUUGGACCUGUUUACAAGGGAAAUCUAAGCAAUGGACAAGAGAUUGCAGUCAAAAGGCUUUCGAGAACAUCAGGACAAGGGCUUGUGGAAUUCAAGAACGAACUCGUACUCUUAGCCCGACUCCAACACACAAAUCUUGUCCGGGUUCUUGGUUGUUGUAUUCACGGGGAAGAAAAGAUGUUAAUUUACGAGUACAUGCCCAACAAAAGCUUAGAUUUCUUUCUCUUCGAUGAAAACAGACGGGCUGAGCUGAAUUGGCCCAGACGAUUUACCGUCAUCGAAGGAAUUGCUCAGGGGUUGCUGUACCUACAUAAGUACUCAAGAAUGCGAGUUAUUCAUAGAGAUCUAAAAGCAAGCAACAUUCUAUUAGAUGAGAGUCUGAAUCCCAAGAUUUCGGAUUUUGGUCUGGCCAAAAUAUUCGAGCCAAACGAGACCGAAACAACGACUAAGAGGGUGAUUGGAACAUUUGGUUAUAUGUCUCCGGAGUAUGCAAUGAAAGGGACUUUCUCUGUGAAGUCGGACGUCUUCAGCUUUGGAGUCUUGAUCCUGGAAAUCGUGAGCGGAAGAAACAACGGUAGCUUCAUGCAUCAUGAUCGGGAACUCAAUCUUAUUGAAUACGUAUGGGAGCUAUGGCAACAAGGGAAUGUGUUGGAGCUGAAAGAUUCAGCACUAGGAACUACUUGUGUUGUACAACAGUUCUUGAGGACUGUUCAUGUGGCACUUCUGUGUGUACAAGAAAGUGCAGCAGAUCGACCAACGACUUCAGAUGUGAUCUCCAUGCUUCUGAAUAACACCAUAACUUUACCACCUCCAAACAGACCACCCUUCUUAUCUGAUGGAGUCUAUUUGAAGUCUGAUUCAGACAAAAGCAAAGCCAUAGAUUGCUCUAUAAACAAGCUGACCAUCACAGUUAUGGAUGGCCGAUAGCGCAUGGGAAUGGUUGUU